GUUAAUUCGAAGUAAAACGACAGCUUGUGUAUAGUUUCUACUAACAUAAGAAUCAGUAUAAUGCACUUUAAUUUACUUUAAUGUUUGUUAAAUAAGGAAAAAUAUUUUCCCAUGGCUGAUAAAGACGAUGAUAUCAAUAUUGAUAAGGAUACUGGAAAAAAGGAUAGUCCUCUUAGAAGGCUUCUUGGGACUAUCUGGAAUACAAGAUACACAUCUGAUGUGAAAGAAGACCAGGAACUUUUGGUCCAGAGAACAUUUCGCGAGUUGGUUAUCUAUGUUUUAUUUCUAAUAUUUGUCUGUAUUAUUGCUUUUGGAAUGUCCUCAACCAACAUGUACUAUUACACCAAAGUGAUGAUGGAUCUUUUUCUUGAAGUGAAGAGUCCUGAAGGUAUUUCAUUCCGCACCAUUUCUAGUGUGGAUGAUUUUUGGAAGUUUGCUAAAGGUCCCUUGUUAAACAGCUUAUACUGGGAGAAGUGGUAUAACAAUGAGCCUCUUCCUGCCAGCACAUUUGGUUAUAUUUACUAUGAGAAUAAGUUGCUCGGAGUCCCUCGUCUGCGCCAACUAAGAGUGAGUACAAACUCCUGUACAGUGAAUGAAGAGUUUGAGACCUUCAUCACAGACUGCUAUGCCAUGUACAGUAAAGAUGACGAAGACACGUCUGACUUUGGCCGAGCUGCACAAGAACCUAAUGAGACGGCAUGGAAGUACCAGUCUCAAGACACACUGAAAGGUUUCAUGUAUUGGGGAAAAAUUCAUCUGUACAGUGGCGGGGGUUAUAUUAAGGAUCUACACAUCAACAAGGAGACGUCCAAUCAAAUCAUCAACCAACUUAUUGAUAAACUUUGGAUACAGCGAGGGGCUAGAGCUGUCUUUAUUUCGUUCACUGUUUACAAUGCAAACAUAAAUCUCUUCUGUGUUAUAACGCUUCUGGUAGAGUUUCCAGCAACGGGAGGUGCUAUUCCUUCUUGGACUUUCCACACAGUCAAACUAAUUCGUUAUGUGACAACAUUUGAUAUGUUUAUACUGGGAUGUGAAGUUGUUUUUGUUAUAUUUGUCUUGUAUUAUAUCAUUGAGGAAAUCAUGGAGAUCAGCUUUACAGGAUAUCGUUAUUUCUUGGACUUUUGGAAUAUCUUGGACGUGGUCUUGCUGUUUGUCGCCAUUGUUUGUAUAACUUUCAAUGUCUAUCGCUCGUUGACCAUCAUGUCCAAGUUACAAGAGCUUCUGAGCAACCCCUUGCAAUAUGCUCCUUUUGAAAAUAUUGGAUUCUGGGAAGUGAGAUUCAAUAAUGCUGUGGCAAUAACAGUCUUUAUAGCAUGGGUUAAGGUGUUCAAGUACAUCAGCUUUAAUAAAACGAUGACCCAGUUGUCCACUACACUCAGCCGUUGUGCCAAAGAUCUUCUUGGGUUUUUCAUCAUGUUUUUCAUUGUGUUCCUAGCAUUUACUCAACUGGGUUUUCUUUUGUUUGGCACGCAGGUCAAUGACUUCAGUACUUUUAUGAACUCAUUCUUCACUUUGUUCCGCAUUAUCUUGGGAGAUUUUGACUUCCACCAGCUGGAACAAGCCAAUCGGAUUCUCGGUCCUAUCUUCUUCAUGCUGUUUGUUUUCUUCGUCUUCUUUGUUUUGAUCAACAUGUUCUUGGCCAUCAUCAAUGACACGUACUCAGAGGUCAAGUCGGACAUGGCCAAACAAACUGAUCAGUUCAUCAUGUCAGACUACAUCAGACAGGGCUAUCAAAGAAUCUGGAGUAAAUUGGGUGGUAAGAAAGACAACAAGAUGGAAGGCUAUGAGAAAAUUUUAUCUGGAGAACUGUCAGGCAAGGCCGUGCAUUUUGAAGAUUGGAAAAAAGAACUCAAGAAGUCUGGCUACAAUGAAGAAGAGAUUGAGGAAGUGUUUGCUAAGUAUGAUAUAGAUGGAGACAGAGUCUUAGAUCCAGUGGAACAAGCCAAAAUGUUGGAAGAGCUUCAGAAAAUUACAGCUAUGAUGGAUGCCAGCAAACAAAAAGAGGGAGCCCAUGCCUUUGAUGAAGUCAACGAAGAGGACAGUGAUGAGGAGAAAGCUGGUCAUCCAGGUGGAGGGGGAGAUAAUGUAGGCAUGGAUGACUUUAUGGCUCUGACCCGACGAGUGGACAGGAUGGAAACCACGUUAAAAGGAAUGAUCAAUAACAUUGAUGCUGUGUUGGUGAAUCUUGUGCAUAAAGUUCAGAGAUAAAUAUUGGAAGAGAUGAAGGUUAUACUUAUGUGCACAGUGUUUUUGUUGUCUAUUUUCUGUUACCAAGCAUUAAAAUUUUGAUGCCAGAAGCAAAUGUUCUUUUCUAUAGAAUCACAAUACAGUUUGAAAACUUUA